ACAGUUACGAACCAAUUAGUAACAACGAUUCAGACGUUCGAAAUGUAAAAAAAUCUAACUAUGACACCUGAAGAUGGGGUUAACGCCGUUACUGAACUCUUUGAUGCCAUUUUUGGAGAAGAUUAUGAAUGUUUGAGAAAUGUAGAAUGUAUUUUAGAAGAAUAUAUUAACAAGAAAAAAAAAUUAUUAUUCACGAUUGGUGAGAAUGAAAAAAAUGAAGUUUUGGACCUUCAGAAGACUGUUGAAACAUGCCAUAUAUUAGAGGAAGACAUUACCACCAUAGCAAAUAAUUUGAAAAAUGUAUUUUCUCUUUAUGAUAAUCACAAACAUGUGUUUUCAAGUUUACUUACAAGUCUAACUGAGCUGAGCAAAGAAUUUAAUCAUGAACGUAACAAGUACCUGUAUUUGCUUUGGUUGAAAGAAGUAGACGAUUUGAGCGAGGAGACUUUAUCGUGUAUAGAAAAGAAAAACUUCAUGCAGGCAAUUAACAGUCAUAAGAAAUUAUUCAUAAUUUCAUCCACUCUACAAAACUCAAGUUGCAACAAUUUGAAAACAUACUCUUAUAAAAAAUGUGAGCUCUUGUAUACUGAACUAAAAGCCCAUUUAUCUAGCGCAUUAGAAGUGGUUUUGAAAUCAAUUAGUUAUCCAUUUGCCACUGGUGUUAGGUCACCUCACUUUAAUAAAAAAGAUGGAACAGAAGAUCAUCUGAAAAGUCUUGUAGCUUCUAUUGCUCAGCUUAAUUCAUUAUCAUCAUUAAAAUAUGGAAAUUUGUUAAAUGAACUUUUAGUAAAACCAAUAAAAAAGCGCUUUAAAUAUCAUUUUUAUGGCAACAGACAUACAAACAAUCUGGAUAAGCCAGAAUGGUAUUACACACAAGUCCUCAAUUGGAUUCACGACCAUGCAAGUUUUUUGGAUUUUAUUCAGUCAAUUUUGACUGAAAAUAAAAGUUCAUGUAUUAUCAAGAAAGAAUUUUGUCUGUCACUUAUUAAAUUGUGUGAAGUGAAGCUGCAAUCAGUACUUAGUGGUUGUUAUGAUAAUGAUCUGCGGUUAGCUCAUUUAAUUGACGAAACUAUUCUUUUUGAAAAAGAGGUCCAGGUUUGUAUCCCUAACUAUUCUCAACAUGAUGGAUGUCUAAAAGUUUUGCUCACAGAGGAAAAUCUCUUGCUUUGGAUUGGUUUAGAGAAAAGAUUCGGAUUAGGAUUCAUUUCUGAUGUCUUGAGGUCAGAUAAUGAGAAGUCAUGGCAAUCAAGAUUAAACAGUUUGUUAUCUGAUUACAAUAACAGUAUUAUUUAUUUUGUACCGAAAUGUGUGGAAGAUUUUAUGACUUUGAUAACUGUAAUGUCAGAUCGUCAUAGAACAUUUAAAGAGCCUGUUGCUGAGGCUAAAUUUUUUAGCCUUUUGAUAAACCUACUUGAUACAUUUAUUAAUCAAUUAAAAUCGUUGUGUUUCCAACCAUCAUCACCACAGUAUUUCUCCAUAAUGAAUGGUGUCAUUUAUAUGCAACAAGUUUUACAAGAAUGGUCAACUGAUCUUUAUUUUAUUCAAAUGCAUGCUUAUGAAUGUGGAAACAAUGCACAAAACACUGAUAAAACUGUUUUUGAAGAUCAUUUGGUGUCACUAGAGAGUUUUUCUAAAAACCUUGUUCAAUCUCUUGUAGAACACAUAAAACAUAGUUUACAAAGUGAUGUUAAAAAAUAUCAAGCUGAAAAAUGGCAUUCUCUUCCAUUACCAAAAGAUAUUUUAAUGCCUUCAAUAUCACCCAGUGCUUGUAAUGUGUUUUUGUUUGUUAAAAACUACUUGCAUUCUCUAGAACAAAAACUUUGCACUGAAAUCUUUGAAAGAGUGUGGAAACAGUCAGCUAAAAUGUUGGAUGAAAUGAUAUUUUAUAAUGUUGUUCUAGAGUCUCAUUUUAAUGGUGGAGGGGCAGCACAAUUGCAGUAUGAUAUCAAUAAAUUAUAUACCUUGUUUAGCAACUAUUCAAAACGACCAGAAACAUAUUUUAAACUAUUAAAAGAUAGUUGUGUUCUUCUAAAUAUUCUCCCAGGUACUGCAAUUCUUUUGAAGCAAAACUUCAAACAAGCCGAUGAAUUGAAAACUGGCGAAGAAAAAGAGAGCUUAGUUCGAACUUCUUUAACAGAUAUUGGUAUUUGCAAUCUUUCAUUUUCUUGUGCUCAUCAGUUGCUUAAUUCCCGAAUAGAUUGGCCAAGAGUUUUGUGAACUUUUAUUAUUGCGAAUAAUACUGGGACACUGAUAUUAUAUUACAAUAUUACAUUAUAUGAUAUUAUAUUACAAUAUUACACUGAUAUUAUAUUA